AUGGGGACGGGGUGGAGAUCAUUGCCUCAAAGGGGGUAUGGGGAGGGUACGGGAAACAUAGUCCAAAAUUUAACACCUUUGGAAAAACCUACAGCACAUCUGUUCCAGUUAAAAGACAGUGGAAAACUGAAGAGUCUUAGUGAAUUGUUGGUUCAUGAAGUCGAAUUAUUGCACGGUAUUCGUGGCCAGCUUGAGCAAAUACGAACGAAGCUUAGGCGUCUGCAGUGUAUAUCCAAAAUUGCAGAUGCCAGACAAGAUGAAGAUGAGAGGAUCCAUAAUUGGGUUGCAGACACCAGGGAAGUUGCUUAUGAUGCAGAAGAUUGUCUUGAAUUAUUUUUUGUUGAAAUUGCAUCGAGAAAGGAACACAAUGUUUUUAGAAGAUCUGCUUUUCUUUUGAAGGAAGUUAAAUCCUUACACCAUCUUUCGCCAAAAAUCCUGGAUAUUGAAACAAGGAUCUCUGAUCUGGAAAAGGAUUUGCGGGUUAGUCAUAUAAGCUCUAUAUUUCAAGGAGAAAAUUCAAGUCCUCGUUCUGAGAGACGCCAACAGCUAAGAAGAUCUUAUUCUCAUCAUGAAGAGGAUUUUGUUGGAUUGGAAGAAGAUGUAGAGAAAUUGGUAGCAGAAUUGGUGAAGGAAGAUGGUGGUAUUGGUAAAUGUUAUCAUGUCGUCUCCAUUGUCGGCAUGGGUGGCAUAGGAAAGACUGCGUUGGCCAGAAAGGUUUAUUAUCAUGCUGAUGUUCAGAGUCACUUUCACGCAGUCGCCUGGGCUUGCAUAUCUCGUCAAUGGCAUCCAGGAGAUGUUCUGCAAAGGAUCCUUAAUAAACUUGUACCAGAAAGGAGGGAACAAAUUAACGCGAUAAAAGAUAUUACAGAGCUUGUCAGGGAGCUUUUCGAAGUUCAGAAAAGGAAAAAAUGUCUGGUUGUACUUGAUGAUAUUUGGGAAAAGGAUGUCUGGCGUAGCCUCAGAUCUGCCUUUCCCAACAGGAAGCUGGAUAGCAGAGUAAUUGUCACAACUCGUAACAAAGAAAUCGCAAGAGACAUUGAUACAGAUACAACAUGUUUUCUCUAUGAACAAAGAUUCUUGAAUGAGAAAGAGAGUUGGAAGCUCCUUCGGAAGAAAGCUUUUGCUGGUACAAAUAUUGCAGGUAAACCUGUCUUUAAAUGUGAGGAUGAAGAUGCACGAUCAAGCACGUCUAGUACAGAGAGCUUCCAUUCAUGCUUAAGUGAAAACGAAGAGGAUGAAGCCAUGGUUAAACCCAAGAUGCGAUGUUCUGAUGAUGGUAUUCAAGAAAUGGAGAAACUUGGAAAGGAGAUGGUUGGACAGUGUAGAGGAUUGCCGUUAGCCAUCAGAAAAUAG